UCCGUGCCGUCAUAAGGGCGCGCGGCCGAGGAGCGUAACUGCCGCGCAGCGGAGGAGACGCCGCCAGAGAGGUGAGGCGAGGAGGGAAGGGGAGAUUGACAGUUGCUCUUCCCCGGCCCCGCAAGACCCUCUCGCGGACGCAGGAGACGACUGCCGUUAGCGCUGAGAGCAGCAGCACGAGGAGGAGGAGGAGGAGGAGCAGGGUUAGAAGCUCAGGAGCACAGCCAUCAUCAUGAGCCAGUUCAACUUUGGCACACCUGGCACUCCCGGGGGAGGCUUCAGCUUCGGGACUCCGAAAACCGCAGCCAGCGCAGCCCCCGCGGGGUUCUCCUUCUCUUCAGCCACCACAGGAGGAGGCUUCAGUUUUGGGACAGCUGCUCAAAACCCAGCAAGCACCCAGCCUGCAGGCCUGUUCUCUUUCGCUCCCCCAGCGACAUCGGCACAGACCUCUGGAUUCAGCUUCGGCACACCUGCCACGUCGGCACCGGCUGCUGCUGGAAAUGUGUUCACACUGGGGGGAAAUGCUCCCAAGCUGAACUUGAGCAGCACCAACACAACACAAUCGGCUGGCAUUACGGGGGCGCUUGGGCUCGGCAGUGGCGGACUGGGCACAUCCACACCCAGUAGCGCCCCUGCCAGCCAGCCAGUGGCUCCUUCCGGCUUUGUGUUCGGCUCCAACACCGCUACCCAGCCUGCCACAACCGGAGGCUUCAGCUUUGGAGGCAUGGGAGCAACGCAGGCUGCGGCCCCCAGCUUCAGCCUUGGCUCCAUAGCGAAUACGACGCAGCAAGCAGCACCCGCCUCCACUGGCUUGGCGUUUGGAGUUCCUGCAUCCGCGGCCGGCCCUACUACAACCACAGUAUCCACAGCGCAGCCAGCUGUGGCGUUUGGCCUUGGGGCGCAGACAACAGCUCCAGUUUCAGGCUUUGGGCUGCUGACGUCAACACCUGCCACCUCUGCCUCCACAGGAGCACUCGGUCAGGGGCCAGCCUUGUCCUUUGGAGCGAAACUUGGAGCAGGUACAGCGGCAACUUCCACGGCGCCUUCUACCACAGCUGUGAACUCCAUCCUCGGGAUGUCCGGACCGACGUUGUUUGCGUCCAUUGCAAACUCUUCCGCGCCAGCCUCGUCUGCUACUGGCCUCUCACUUGGUGUCACCUCGACGGGGACGGCACCUGCUGGGACUUUAGGGUUUGGCGCAAAAGCCCCUGGGACGACAGCAACAGCACCCACGGCCACGGCGACUGCAGUGGGAGGAGCCCCCGCAGCAACCAGUAUCGCCUCCACCCCAAGUACAGGAUUCAUGCUGAACCUGAAGCCUCUGUCCACUACUGCUACGGUGGCCUCCACGUCCACUGCGGCCACCACAACAGUCACGGCUCCCCCGUCGAUGACCUACGCCCAGCUGGAGAGCCUGGUUAACAAGUGGAGCUUGGAGCUGGAGGACCAGGAGAAGCACUUCCUCCAGCAGGCCACCCAAGUCAACGCCUGGGACAGGAAACUGAUCGAAAACGGGGAGAAGAUCACGUCUCUGCACCGAGAAGUGGAAAAAGUGAAACUGGAUCAGAAAAGGUUGGACCAAGAACUAGAUUUCAUUUUGUCCCAGCAAAAGGAGCUGGAGGACUUGCUGGUGCCCCUGGAAGAGUCCGUAAAGGAACAGAGUGGGACCGUCUACUUACAACAUGCAGAUGAGGAACGGGAGAAGACGUACAAACUGGCAGAGAACAUUGAUGCCCAGCUGAAGCGCAUGGCCCAAGAUCUGAAAGAUAUUAUUGAGCACCUGAACACUUCUGGAGGCCCUGCUGACACCAGUGACCCGCUUCAGCAGAUCUGCAAGAUUCUGAAUGCGCACAUGGACUCCCUCCAGUGGAUUGAUCAGAAUUCAGCCCUGCUGCAAAGGAAAGUAGAGGAAGUGACCAAGGUUUGCGAAAGCCGCCGCAAGGAACAGGAGCGCAGCUUCCGGAUUACGUUUGACUGACUGCCUCACCGCCGGGGGGGGCAGGGGGAAUACACGCAUGAUGCCCAAAUGUUUUGUUA